AUGACGUUCAACCUGAAACCGAGGAUUUCAGAGGUCUUGCUACGCGCUCGCGAUUUCAAACGGCUUCUGGCGGCCACAGCAUCGAGACUGCACACAGCCUGCAAGUUCCUGCAACGUCUUGACACGGAAGAAGAAGCCUACCUCGGAGCCGGCACUUUGCCCGUAUUAGUCCCGCACGUAGCCAUGCGCAGAGUCGGAGAGCGCCCUCGGACCGAGAUCAAGGGCAGCUUGCCUGGCACGAUGCACGCCUUGCCUGCACUGGGGCAGCAAAUGCAAAAGCUGCAAGAGGCAGCGAGGAUGGACAAGGUCCAUCGAGCGCUGGACUCGCGAGGAGCCUAA